AAAGGUCCGUUGAUUAUACGCUAAGCUAAUAUAGCACGUUCUUCUCGGAUACGAUGGACCAGCUAGAUGUCCUUGGGCAUGAUGUGACGCGUUUUGCAUGGAUAGCACACAAAUUGGUAUCUUCGAAUAUGCCUCCUGCAGCGUCAUAACCGCGGAACUUUGGAAACGCAAGUCGGGUUUGAAGUCCUGAGCAAUUCCACGAACCAAAUGCUGCAAAGGUAGCUUGCGGAUCAGCAAUUCGGUCGACUUCUGAUAGCAACGAAUUUCACGCAAAGUUCCCGGUCGAUAGCGAUGUGGCGAUGUUUCCAAGUGGGCGCGCUACACACAUACACAUACAUACACACACACAUACACGCGCGGAAUUAUUUUCGUUUGGAUGCCAUUCAGCAUCGAGAAAAUUCCGGAAAGAUCUAAUCGUUGCUGAAAAAUAAUCUGCCAGUUCCCCUGGUAAUUGAAAAAUACAUUCAUGCGAGUUUAUUUUAAUGUUUUAUAUCCAUAUAAUAUUGCGACCACAUACAUUUGGUUCUGUGAUUUGUCAAACAAGUGCAGCUAGCAGGAAAGCUUCUGAAGAUUAUUCUUCAGAACAAGGUUUUUUGUAUCCAAUAUAGGAUACAAAAACAUUGAGCUUCCAACGUAACGCUCUCGUUUUCGAAGUCCCCCAAAUAUUCAUUUAUUCAUUCAUUCAGAAUGGAUUUAGAUUCAACUUCAAACAAAUGAUCUCUAAAUCAACGAUAGUCCUACGUCACCCUUGCGGUUAUACCAUAAAUAUAACCCACUUCCUGUUUUUUCUUGGUGAAAUGCAUCGAUUUGUCCUUUUUCUCUCUCCGUGAGCACAAAAAUUUGUAUCAGAGAAAUCGCUCGUCGGAUUGGGCGACCCCAUCAAAUAGUGCUCAAUUAUUUAGCGAAUCUUCAAGGAUACGAUAAGAAGAAGAGAGCUCCACGUAAAUCGAAGCUCUCUGACUGGUAUAAGCGGGAAAUAAUUAAAACAGUUUCGAAUACCUCAACAUCGCUUAUUCAAAUAAAGCAAUCAUUGAAUUUUUAUGUUUCCCGGGAGAUAAUUCGUCAAGUUUUGGUAAAAAUUCAUUACAUAAAGAGGGCUAACAAGGUUAAGGCUCCUAAUCUAACACCAUCUAACAUCAAAAGACUCCCGAGUGUUGCCAAAGUUCACAUAAACUGACAGUGGGACAUGUAACAUAACAAAGAAUGUUUUAAAAGAUUACAUUUUGCAAUAUAUCAUAAUCAAUCAUAUCAUAUAUCAUAUAUCAUAGAUCUUGAAUGUAAGUCGGUAUAUUUUUAGUAUUAACAUUGCUAGGUUAUCUUCAGUGACGAAAAAAGCUCAAUUUGGGUGGUCCUGGCGGUUUCAACAAGUACUGGCAUGAUUUACGGAAGAUAACGAUUAGCUCUUGAAUAUUCCCUUUUUCCACAUGGCGAAUUUUAUGGUGACCCGAUCUGCUACAACGUAGAUAAUGGAAUUGAUGACUGACCCGAAACAGAAUUCCCAUAGAAUGAAGGUGGCCAUUUCUAAAUUUAUGCAGACUUCAAAUGAUGCGUAUCGACUAAUCAAUGUUAUGAUCAAUCCAAAUUGAGGUAGUAGCAGCAAUUAUGUUUCUCGAGGAAAUACUGCGCGAGUGAUCCUUCUGGCUCUAACGUUAUCAAAAAUACUCCGUCGACUUCAAGAAUACGCGUGUACGAAUGCAAAUCGGAAGAAAUUCCUAUAACAAAUAAUCUUCUGAGCUCGCAACCCCCGCCAUGAUGUGUGUGACGCUAAUCACUCGGUAACGGUAGCGCGAAUGGCCCUGUCACGUCACGUUACAUCAAUUAUUCUCCUUAUGGAGAACGUUAUACUUAUGACAGACAUACAGCUGUACUACCGUUGUACUUCGGAAAUUGUAUGUCUGUCACCAUGUACAGCGCUAGAACCAUGUAAUACUUAUGACAGACAUAAAGCUGUACUUGCGUUGUACUUCGAAAAUUGUAUGUCUAGUCACCAUGUACAGCGCUAGAACCAUGCAAGCAACUCGCUGUACCUGUACCGACCUAUUUUUCCGCUGUACAUGGCUACAGUUGUACUGUGCGCAGCGCCAUAGACGGUUAGUGGUGGGUAGCAUGAACAAAACGAAUCAAAACAUUUGGUAUACAUUCUUUUCAUUGACUUUCUCUUGAGUUAAUAACUCAGAUUGAAACAUAUUUGUUGUGUUCGAUAGUUUAGACGCUAAAUAAAAACCUUUUUCAUUGAAAUAUUGGUGAAAAUACAAUGCAAUAAAUUUAAACUCCAGAUUGUCAGUCUGACAUGCGGUACAAUGUACAACCAAAGUAUGUGUGUCAUGCUAUCGUGGUCAGUGUUCCGGUCGACAUUUCUCUCAACCAUCACAUACUGCCCUUGCUCAAGAGUUACGGCUCAAUAUGUAUUGCGAAUGUAACCAAGAAUGCAUUGCUCGGUUCUAACAGUCACAUCAGAAACAAACGCACAGCCGCAAACACGACUAUCAAUUGAAUGUUUAUAUGUUUUGUCUUUCUGUCGACCGUACCCAGAAGAGCGAUGAAAAUAUGCUAUUUCCAUUCUACCAUUCGUGCUCAUAACCAUCCCUCAAUUCCGGCUAAUAUGACUGUAGUUUUAAUGUCAUUUGACAUUAAAACUGCAGUGGUGUGCAUUCUUUUUCUCCCUUUAUUCUACAUUCAAGCGUAGCUGCAUAUAUACAUCCACCUGCUCACUCACACAUCCAUACACGAUGGAUGGUAUUCAGACGGAUUGCUACAUCAAAGCAACCGUCGAACUCUCCCCUAUCAAGUGCGAAUGUGUUGAAUGAACGUUUUCAGUGGUGAGCCUUCCCCGUGAACACUGUUGUUUAAUUACGGGGCGAUGGAUAUCUAAUGUAUAGGACGAAAAAAAGCCGAAAUGUCAUAUGACAUUUUUAGUUCGACGGUUGUUUGACUGUUCAUUUUAUGAUGUUCAUUAAUGACACAGCACAUACGUCUCCAUGAACAGUCAUACGAUGGUGACCAUUAGCAACACUGAUCGUGGUACCUGUACAACGCUGUACACGUACAGCGCUAGUACAGUUGUAUGUCUGUCCAUGGUAUUAUACGUUCUCCACAAGGAGAAUAAUUACGUUCUCCUUACGUUCUCUUAUGGAAACAUUCACAAACACCGGCAACGUAACGACCCGUCAGUGGUCGUUCGACGAAAACGACCGGCAAGAUUUGUAGAUUUCUCUUCACCAACUUUCUUUCUUUUUAAUUAAUAAUAAUUUCAAUUUUGAGUUUGCUAUAGAACCCAAUAGACGAGGUUCUGACCCAUUUUUCACAUUGUCAAAUACAGCUGGGAAUGUGUUUGCAGCUAAGUUAUGACCAAAAGAGAGAAUCGAUGUAGAGAAAUCGAUGAUGUCACUUACACCCCUUUCAUUUUGAGCCCCUCAGUUUUGAUUAGAGUUGCAUUUAUUAUACCAACAUAUCUCUCAGUUCCAAAUUACUGAGUCAAAACCAUUCGCGGCUAGCUGAGAAAAACAGUCUAUAUAUUAUCAUUGUUGAAUAAGGGUUGGGACUACAUGUUUUGAGUAUUUAAAUAAUAUAAUUCAAUGAUUUUCAUUGAAUAUUUCAAAAUUUAGAACUGAUUUUAGGCAUACUAAUUCGAAAUGGCAUGGUUAUUUACAACUGUUAUUGGUGGCGACACUAUGAAUAACAUUAAAUAAAUCCUUCGUUGUCAUUUGCCGCGACGGUGCUGCUGCAAGCAUAGAAUGCAUGUGCGAGUUGAUAGACACAUUUAAGGAACGUGGACGUUCUUUUCCGUAACGUUCUAUGUGAAUCGCACAUAAGAGGUUGAAUUCCAAAAAACCGAACACAUCACAAACGCUGCAAUGAGGGUGUUCGGUAUGCCACCGAAGCGCAACAGAAAAAGGAAGAAAACAUGAACAUGUAUGUUCGCCCAAUGACGGGUAUAAAAAGCCGCAUCGACAGCUAAGAGAGUUUCAGUUUCAUUCCAACCAUUGUAUAAGUAACAUCGAAGAAAUAAAGAAAAACCUAUCCGAACAGGGUGUAUCUAUUUAGACCAAGUGUGUAGAUCCACAUAAGAACCCCACCCGUGGUAAUUCUGUGUGGACACCUACAUGCAACCUAAGGUCUAUUGAAACCAAAUUCCAAAGUUACAGUCCACUGGUCCAACUAUCCUGCGUCCGAUUCAGGAUAGAACAUAUGGUCCAAACGAACCGGAUUUGGAGAACCAGUAUACCAGAAACCUGAUACGAGAUUUCCGAGAUACCUGUGUUUCGAAGAAGAAGUGCCGAAAUUUUUGUUUUGCUGUGGUUACUACGCGUUGUUGCGUGUUUAGACGCGAUCAUUCGAAUUGUCGCGUGGGUUGUUUUUAUAAAAUGCGUGUCGUUGUGUGCGCAAACGCGUUGUAACAAGUUUGUUCGAGUACAUUCGAAAACGCUUUUGCGCGAGUUGAUUCCGUUUGUUGUGUAAAUCGGACAAAACGUAAAAACCAUUCGCGAGGUGAUAGUGCGCGGAAACACAUAAAGAAAAAUGCCGCUUGAUAGAUCGCCGCCUCCGGGAAAACAAACCCCUCCAGAUGAACAGCAACCAGUCCCAACAGAUCCUCAGCGUGGCUCUUCUGAAAAUAGCGAAUCAUUUCACGGGUUCCAGGACUGGGAAGUCGAAUUGGAUACAACAACCGUCAAAGAAUUGACAGGAAUUUUUCGUCAACGAGCCCAGGUGCAAAAUAAAGUAAUGCGAAUCCGCAAUACACUCCAGUCCCAGCAGCAACUCAGUUUGGCACAAUUGAAUGUGAUGUCGAAAAAUUUAUCCGCGACCUAUGCUGAGUUUAGUACGUUCCAUAGCAAAGCGAUGCCACUCAUUCCGAAUGAAGCGAUUGAUCAGCAAGAGGAAGUGUAUGCUGAAUUUGAAGAACUUCACAAUUACGUUUCCACAACUGUAGAAGAGUUAAUUCUGACAAUGAACAACACCGUCCCCCAAACCAAAUCAGCACCGCAAGUUAUUGUGCAACAGAAGCCUUUGAAGGCGCCGAUCCCGACAUUUGAUGGCAGUUACUCCAACUGGCCAAAAUUUAAAGCGGUGUUCCAAGACCUAAUGACGAACUCUGGCGAUUCAGAAGCUUUGAAGCUGUAUCAUCUCGAUAAAGCCCUUGUCGGUGACGCAGCAGGAGUUUUGGAUGCCAGAAUAUUGAGCGAGGGAAACUAUCAGCAAGCUUGGAAUGUAUUAUCUGAGCGAUUCGAAAACAAACGGGUGAUAGUCGAGUCUCACCUCCACGGAUUACUGUCACUCAAGCCUGUGCGUCUUGAAUCCCACAAAGAAUUACGUGCACUUCUGAAUGAGGUCAGCCAUCAUGUAGAAAGUUUACGCUUCUUGGAUCAGGAUAUCACCGGUGUUUCUGAACACUUCAUUGUAUAUUUGAUUAACAUCGCCCUCGAUAAGUCCACACGAAAGGCUUGGGAAUCGACGCAGCGGAAAGGAGAGCUCCCAAAGUAUGAGCAUACCAUAAAUUUUCUGAAAUCGAGAUGUCAAAUACUAGAAAGCUGCGAGAGUGCAUUCCAGCGUCAAGUGCCAGUUGUACCUAAGGCGAAGCAGUUUUCAUCACCUCCAAAGUACCCAUUGCAGAAAUGUCAUGCGGCUUCCACCAGCCCAUCUGAAAACGUGUGCGAAAUUUGCAGCGGUGCACAUCGUAACUUCCAGUGUACAGCUCUGAACAACCUCACUGCAGUCCAGAAGAAUAAUAUGAUUCGAACGGCUGGAUUGUGCUUCAAUUGCCUGCGGAAGGGACAUCGUUCCAAGGACUGUAAUUCUGAUAAAACUUGUCGUAAAUGUCAGCGACGACAUCAUACUUUGCUACAUGAAGUAGAAGUAUCUUAUGCGCGGCCGAAUGUAACACCUAAUGUCUCUGUUCCCAUCAAAGCAGAAAUUGAGCAGCCAUUGCGAAUUCCUCAGAUGUACAAUCCAAUGACUGCAAAACAAAAUAGCUCAGUCUUACAAGAUUUUUCGAUUUCCACACCAUGUUCCUGUUACGUUGGGGAACCAACCAAAACCGUACUACUACUUACUGCGGUGGUGCAUGCUCUUGACCAGAACAACCGACCUCAUCCAUGCAGAGUACUAUUGGAUAGCGGCUCUCAGGUGAAUUUUGUGACAGAGGAAAUGGCCAAUCGACUUGGAGUACCGAAGAAACGUGCGAAUGUUCCAAUCACCGGCAUCAAUGCUCUGCGAUCCUUAGCUCGUGAGAAGAUCAACAUUAGUUUUCGAUCCCGUGUAUCUAGCUUUCAUGCGAACCUCGAUUGUUUAGUCACAACACAAGUCACUGGAACUAUCCCUACAUCGAAACUGGAUAUUGGCUCGUGGAAUAUCCCAACUGGUCUGAUACUAGCAGAUCCCCAGUUCCACACGCCUGCAAAGAUCGAUAUGCUAAUAGGAGCAGAAAUAUUCUUUGACAUCUUCAAACCAAGUCAGCUUCUUCUAGAGGAUGGCUUCCUCAUUUGCGCGACACCUACCUUGGAUGGAUCGUAUCUGGAGUUAUUCACGAACCGUACUCUCCAACAGUAA